AUGGUUAGUUUGGGUGAAGCUAACUUAAUUAUUAAAUUAUGCGUCGAGGAGAUAACAUCAAGAGGAUUAAACGAAUUUGACAUCUUUCGUCCAGUAAGAAAUAAUGAUAGUGAGGUCAGGUACCUUAUAAAUUGUUUAUUAAGUGAUGAUGUUAAAGAAUUCGCGGAUGAGUUGAGAAGUCAAAGUAUUAAUAAUAUCAUAGCUGGUAUCCGUUACACUCUUCGUAAUUGUUCUCAACCUAUAAUAACUUAUGAAAAUUACGAAGAAUUUGUUCGUAUUGAAAAAGGAAUUUUUUCCAAGUUUCUGAUGACCCUUUCAUCUCAUUAUGUUCAAAACACUUUAACAAAUCUUUUCAAUUUAUUCUCAAAAUUAAUGCUUCAUUCUCAUGAAAAUAAAAUUCCUACUCAUCGUAUUAUAAAAUCAAUGUCACUAUGUAUUUUAGCAGCUGAUAAAAAUUAUCAAACCCUCAAACAUCAAAAUUAUCAAACUUAUCAAGAUUUUAAUAUUGUUUAUUGUGAUUGGUUAAAAUAUUCAGACGCAUGUAUGCACAUGUUUUUAGCUUUUUUGAGGGAAAACGCGUGUAAAUAUCCUUUACCUUCUAGAUUAAAUAUGUUAUUAGAUGGUUAUGUGGAUUUUCGUAGUCGUGCAGAAAGUUUCAAUAAUGAAACAUUUUAUCAUCAUCCAUUAGCUGAUAUUACAAUUGCAGAUUUAGAUAUGAUUAUUCGACCACUGGCAAGAUCCAUGCUUAAAGUUGACAAAAAUAAUGGAAUUAUUAAUCAUAAUAGGAAUUCAAUGACCAUCGGUGAAAUGUUUCCGGAAAUUAUAGAAACUUUGAAUUCAUUAAAAAAAUCAAGAAAUAGUCAUAAUCUUACAAUCGAUGAUCCAAAUUUGGCAUCACAAAAAUGGGAAGAAUUAAUGAAUAAAGGAUCAAGUUUAUUAUCAGAAGAAGUAUUAAAAUUACUUCUCGCAUUUGAUGAUCGAGAAUUAAAUCCCGAUGCAACGAGAGCACAAUCUAAUAAAAAACUUAUUAGUCAUCACGAGAAUGAUAGUUAUAAUAAUCUUAAUCAAAAUAAUCAAACAUCAUCUAAGAGACAAUCAACAUUUAAUCAAUUUUUACAAGUAGAUACAAAUAAUGAUGAGAAAGCGAAUUCACGAUAUAGUAAUAAUAGUACAUUAGAAAGGAAUGAUUCAGGAGUAUCAGGAGUUUCGACGAAAAGUCCAUUAGUUUGGGAUGAUUUUGAAAAAGGAGGAUUUUGUGAGGAAGUUGGACAUCGAUCAAAUAUACUUAGUUUAUCUUCGACUUUAGGAGCUACCAAUCUUAAUCAAAAUAAUCAAGUCAAUCAUAUAUCACGCGAUUUGACAUUGAGUGUACCAGUAAAAACGAAAGGAUCUCGUAAUUUUUUAUGUAUUAAACGACGUCCAGGAUCCGAAAUCUCAAUAAAACAUAAAGGAGGGAUCAACUAUAAAAAUAUUAUUAAACAUAAUAAAAAAUAUUUAAAAGAGUGGUAUAUUUUAGGUCAACAAUAUAAGUUAUCACAUCUAGCAAUUGAAUCUAUUGGUAAUUUAUUCCCUUAUGCCUGGAUAGAAUCAAGUGGAGAAGUUAAAGAAAGUUGGGGAGAAUGGGUAUUAAUUGAACCAAGAGAAGAUAUGAUGAAUGAAUGGAGCGAAUGGAUUAUAAUUGAAGAUAAAGUUCAAUUCUUUACAGAAUUGGAGAAACGACCUAAAGCAGUUGAAGCAUUAAAAAGAGCUAGUGUUAGAAAUAGUAUUGAAUUUGCCACAAAUGAUAUAAUCAAUGGAGUAUUGACGAAUCCCAGGCAUAAUAAACAAUAUUCAGAAAUUUUUACUACAAAAGUUAGAACUACAGAAACUUCUUAUACUUUUACUAAACCACAAUCAUCUUCAGCAUCUUCACCUUCUUUGAUACAAAAUCAUCCAACUGAUUUAUUAUAUAUUAGAGUAGUAGCUUAUGCUAAUAAAAAUCGUAAAAAUCGACAAGUAAAUCGAUCAAAUAAUUAUAACAUGCCUAUUGACUUGGAUCAAAGUAAUUAUCCCAUGCCAAUGACUGUAAAUUAUUCUUCUACACAACAACAAAAAUUUUAUAAACCAUUAAAUAAGAAGGAACAGAAAGAGAAAAAAAAGGGAAAAUUUAUUAAGAUUUAUUAA